CGUCUUGCUGUCAACAUCCGGCGACACGUCUUUGCUUCACAGCCCUUAUCCGGCGAUUCAUCUCCCCUUAAUUUAAUUCUCGCUAGCCUCUCUAUGCGCCGCAGACGAUGAAGUGACCGUGAGGGAUCGUGAGGAGUUUUAGUUUAGAAGUGAAGUUCGCCUGCAGCGCUCCAGAUAACAGUGAAGCUUCAAAUGGGGGAGGUCAGAAAGCUGCAGAAGAAACUGAGACAGAUUGAAAAUCUGGAAAUAAAAAUCAGCCUCACACCAGAGGAAAGAUUUAAGAAAGCUCCAGCAAUGCCAGUGCAGCCUGCCAGCCAAAGGGGAGCAGGAGGAGGGGACGGCGCGGAGGCAGGCAGGGUGUCACAUCAGAGAGGGGACGAGCCAGGAAGCUGUCCGGAUCUUGACCCGGAGCGUCCACCGCAACAGGAAGACGCCGAGUUUACAUCUCUAAAAGCAUUUUGGGAGAAGGCGAGGUUUCGCCUGAGGCUGCUGGAGGGUCACAAUGACAUCGUCACCAGUGUGGUUGCUGUUGACAACCUGGUGGUUUCUGGAAGUCGAGAUACCACAGUGAAGGUGUGGCACGUUCCCACGGCAACGCAGCAGAAGAACUUGGGGGGUCACACCGGCGGAGUCACCUGUCUGUCUGCGCCUCCCCCCGAGUAUUGCAAGAGGCUGGCCAGGUCGCUGUCAUUGUCUGACAAUGAGAGGUUCAUUUUGAGUGGCUCUGCAGACUGCUGUGUGAGGAUCUGGGCCCUGAGCAUCGGUCAGUGUGUUAAAUCGGUCUACACAUUCAACGCCGUGGCUUCUCUCUGUUUCCUACCAGAGGGGGACGGCUACAUCAUCACUGGAUCAGACGGCGGGAAAGUUCAGGCGUGGAGCUGGCAGACCUUUCAGAACUGUCAGUCGGUCAACGCUCACCAGGAGGCUGUAACCUCCAUCCAGUCUCAGGGUCCGCUGGUGUUCAGCGGCUCGGCUGAGGGAGGCGUCUCCGUGUGGGAAAACAGGUGUUCGGAUCGAGACCCCCUGAGGCUGCUGCACCACUGGAGCGGCCAGGUGACAGGCUUCAGCGGGGGGGCGGGGGGCCGUCUGACCCUAAGCCCGCGGGGGGACAGGGUGUUCUUGGCUUACGGUCGAGCCUGGCUCAAGAUCCUACACUGGAGGACAGGAAUGAUAUCCAGGUUGACCAAUCACAGCAGCAUCACCGGCGUAACAGAUUGUGUUCACCAGACAGGAGGCCUCUUAAUUGGCUCCAGCUACGACCUGGCGAACGGAGAGAGCGGGCUUAAUUUGUUCUUGCUGCCUCGGUGUCGGUACCUGGCCUCCCUGACCUGGUCAAACGCUCCCAGAAUCCUCUGCUUCGCGGCGUGGACCACUGGGAGCGGAGACCAUCGCUGGGUCACUGGAGGUCAAGACCUCAUCGUUUGGGAGCAGCUCCCCAGUUCUGGAAAGCAGAGGGGUGACAUCACCGUAAAGAGGGACAGCCGAAUGGACUCCUGCUCUUUUGAGUCGGAGGCAGACACAGAGGAGGAUGAGGAGACUGAUGAUUUCGAUGACGAGGAAGGAGAGGACAAGGGUCCCGACGAGGUCGAAGGUGGAGGCUCGUGGCUGCGCUGCGCUCUCCAGUGAGCAGUGGCGAGGACGUGGCGGCCUGCAGCCAUGAAGAGGACAGAAGAGGCAGAGCGUACAGAUGAAGUGUUAGUGUGUGUGCACAAGACGCAGAUUGUUUUCCAUGUAAAUAUUUUCACACACAAUAAAGCUGUCAUCUCACCUUUAAA